AUGCCGGGUUCACACAAUGAUAUAAAUGUGUUGGAUCAUUCCUCGGUAUUCAACGGUAUCGUCAAUGACCAAUUACCUCCGGUUAAUUAUGUAGUGAAUGGACAUCACUAUAGAAUGGGGUAUUACUUGUCUGAUGGUAUAUACCCUAAGUGGAUAACUUUGAUGCAGACCAUCCCGCACCCAACCACUACAAAAGAUAAAUUAUUUGCUCAGCGACAAAAGGCAGCAAGGAAAGAUGUGGAACGGGCUUUUGGGGUAUUACAGAUCAAAUGGGCAAUAACGCAAGGACCAGUGUGUUACUGGGAGAAAUAUGACUUGCGCCUCAUAAUGAAAACAUGCAUCAUCCUUCACAAUAUGAUCAUUGAAGAAUAA